AUGCCGCGAUUCCCCAUUGACAUCAACAGCGCCGAUGGACAGGCGGCGGUCAAGGGACAAUGGAAGUAUGCCGAGGGCUAUGUCCCGGGCGAGGCCAACUAUGGGCUCGCCAAUCGUUCCGCGGGGAGCGCGUGUCGCCUGCCGGACUACGAUGACUCCUCGUGGGAGGUCUGCGGCGAUACCAGCGCGUGGGCGAGGUUCGGCGGCGACUACGUCACCGGGUUCUCCUUUGUCUGGUACCGCAUGACGAUCACCAUACCGGAAACCGUCGGUGGACGCGAUCCGAGCCGCACAAGGAUGAUGUUCGAGACGUGCGUUGACGACUACGGCGAGAUCUGGGUCAACGGUGAGUGCAACCGGGAGCGCGGCACGUUCGAAGGCUUCAACCGACCCCAACGUGUCGAGGUCGCCAACAACCCCAAUCCCGGCGACCAGCACACCAUCGCCAUACUGGCGGCCAACGGCCCCAUGGGCGCGCCGGGUGGCGGCGUGUUCGUCCGGUACACCAACCUCAGCUUCGAGUGGCGCGACGACGAUCCGUAG